AUGAACAAGACCAUUGGGAUAUUAACCCUGUUGGUAACAGGUUUGGCAACUCGUGGUUACCCCGCCGUUACACGCCAUGCAAGAUACCCUAUGAAUUCUAAGAAUCUUAGGGAUUGCACUGUAAAGAAAGACAAUAAAGGAGUUGAGAUCAAAACCUUCAGGGACUCUCUCCAUAUGACCAUCGCAAGGAAAAAUGAAGACGACGAAGUUGUCAUAGAAAUUAAUGACAAAAAAAAGACUCUGAACAUACCGAAGAACAAGUGGACUGAAUGUCGAGUUUCAAGCAAUGAAGAGGUUGAAUGUCGUGAAGAGAUGUCCAACACUGCAAAGAAGAAUUCUGGCGGACUGUUGAAAAAGUUUACGAUUAAGAAUGCCGAAGUUCUUGCUAACUGUCCUCAAGGAUUGCCAAAUAAAGAGCUCACCUCAGACACCUCGAUCGACUUCCCUCGCUGGAAUUCCACCAGGGAACAUUUUGCCGUUAUUCCAGAAGAGAACCUGACUGUUAGUUUGACCAUAUUUGGAGAAAACCUUAAUCUUUGUUGGGAUGGAAAACAGACAGCGGUCAAGACGAACAAGGAAGACUGUCAAGCCUUGUCAGCUCACGAGGAGCACAAGAUCACACUGGAUUACGAGUCGCAGCAGAUCAAGAGAGCUGAUGGCCGCAUUCUCAGAACAGUAAAUAGUACCAAUGCAAAUAAAGAUGGCUUGAUGAAGAUGAAAUCUGACGGAGGCAAGGCCUGGGUUGUGCAGAUUCUGGGAGACUGGACUCAUCUUCAGGACCAAGACCAGAGCACGGGCAGCCAAAAUGAGUGUAAAAGCAACUGUGGUGGAAACAACGCAAUCCUGUAUGUUUUUCUGACUUUCUUCAUUAUUACAACCAUUGCUUUAUUCUGUUACCUUCUGCGUAUAAGGAGAAACUCGUCCAGAAGUCGAGCUUAUCCUGCCUCUCAUGUGCUUGAACUGAAUAGAGCCAAGGAGACCAUGACGGACGAAAAUCCUGGUAGCAUGGACUAUGGAGAAGAAACAAUUAAUGAUAUCUAUGGUUUUGAUGGUCAGUGAGACUAGAUGCUGUCUGACGAUAUACAAACAAAGGUAUUAGAUAUUAGGAAGGAAGUCAGGUCUUCCAAACUAGUAGUAUCCACUUGAUGAAUGGUGCCCUCAUCCAUAACAGACUGGGGUCGCCCUGUCGCAGGAUCCGUUUCCAUAGAUCUCCGAUCACACCAGACCGGCGAUGCCAAUGUUUAACAAAGUCAUAUGAUGGGGCAUCCUCUCCCUAAGUUGCCAUCAUUUCAUCUUUCAAGUAUAGAAAUAUGCUAUGAAUUAAGGACUGGACAUUAAAACAUAACCCAUAGAGAUAUGUAUCAUUAUGCAUGUGAAACAGGAUAAGCGGAAGGGGAUCAAGGGAAAUCUUUUGUAAGCGCCCCCCUGUAUUUUAUAUACAU